AUGCAGCUUUCAACGUCAUCAAAAUAUAUGACAUCUUUGAUUAAUGCAAAGAGAUCAUAUUUGAGUUCGCAGAAGGGAAUUACUUCUAUCCCAAUUGGUUUAAAUGAAGAAAAUAGGAAUUUAGCACUCGAUUUCUUCAUAAGCUCUAAGGCAAUUGCUACUUCUAAGCACUCACAUGAGCGUCAUUUGCGUCAUGCAUUUUAA